AUGCCUUUGAUAUUUCUUCCAGACGAGCAGGAUGUUCAUACGCUGUCAUCAUCUUCUUCGUUGUCAUCCCUUCGCAGUGUACCAGACAAUAGCAGUGGGGCUUCAGUUUUGUCUUCACGGCCGUCUAGUCCAGCCUCGUCUGCCGCAGAAGCUCUGAGUUCUGCAACAGCAUUAAUGUCUAUUCGGGACACAUCAAACAUGGUGGCAACCGGGGGAGGCCGAAUUUUUGGCGAUGGAGGAUUAGGAACAGCACCAGCAACAACAGCAACUGGAGGAUUAGGAAGCCACACGCCAAGUGGGGCCUACACACCGAGUUCAACGGUCACUGUAAGCUCGUCAAGCCACAUAUCUGAAGAACAACAACAGCAGCAGCAGCAGCAGCAGCAGUACAGACAACGGAGGCAACCGUUAGAGGAUGACAAGGUGGAUGAGGAGGAGACCGACGACAGAGUAAAUGUUUUUAGGAGAAGGCGGGCUGAAGAGGAGGAGGUACUAAUAGAAGAUGAAGGAGAGGAGGAGGAAAAUCAUGGGAAUAAUGGCAGCAAUAGCAAUAAUCAUGGCACUAGUACUGGUACCAGCAGCAGUGGUAGCAACAGUGGCAGCAGUAGUGGCGGCACCAGUCCCCACCAUACAUUCCAUGGGAUCCACCGAAGCGGCAGCACUAGCACGCGAGCAUAUAGUUUAGAUGAGACGCGGUCUCUUUCGAUUGUAACUUUUCUUCCACGGCCGACUCGGCCCGCGCCGUUGACAUUACCAUACAAGUCGUCGCCGAACCCGUUCCACACGCUGGAUCUCUACCUCCCUGCGUCUGGACUGGCGCCGUCAACGCCCUGGUUUUUUUUCUUGCAUGGAGGAUACUGGCAAGAUGCAACCCAAAGUAAGGAUGUAGGAUCUGUGAUUUUGUCACGGCUGCCUGCACACUGGGCCGGAGCCUCGAUCGACUACCGGUUAUCACCCGAAAUUGCGCACCCGGGACACUUGGAUGAUGUGAAGCGGGCGUUCAAAUUUGUAAAGUCUGCGUAUGACAUUUCCAAGGCUGUCAUCAUGGCACAUGGCGCUGGAGCGUGUAUUGCAUACCAGUACAUUUUCAGCGAGCUUGCCAUGGGCACGGGCAGUUGGAUCAGCCAUGUGAUUACAUCUGGUGGUGUUUACGAUUUACCUGAGCUAGCCAAAGAUAGCCCAUACUAUCAUCGGUUUAUUGCAGAUGCCUAUGGAAAUGACCAAGAGCAUUGGUACGAACUGUCACCGCAGAAUUUUGAGUGGGAGUCAGUUUAUGGCGACGAGCAGGAUGAUGAGCGGGAUCAAGAGCCUGUUCAUGAGCUGACGGGUGAACAGGCUUUAUUUCAAGGAAUGAUUGAUGCGUCAUCUUCAUCGUCAUCUACAAUACGGUCACCUUUAGAGGAAGCCAUUAUGGAGAUGAAUACACAUGUGGCCGCUGCCAACUUUAGAGGAAGAAGUACUACAAGAAACAGAGGAACGACUACAGCUACAAGUGGAGAAAACAAGCGGACACACCGGAUGGAUGUUACGCUGGUGCACUCCAAAUUUGACUUGAUUGUGCCAAUCCAGCAGUCGCUGCGGUUUGAGGACCGCCUCACAGAGGCCGGGUUUCGGUGUUCGCUGCGACUGCUGAGCAUCGAUGGGCAUGAUACGGUACUGGAAACAACAGAGCUUGCACUGAUUGCACUUGAAGUGUGCAAGCAGAUGGAUGAGGAAGAAGAGCGCUUGCUCGGUAUGCAUCUCGGGUAUUAUUAG